GACGUUCCAGCCACGACAACCUGAACACAGUGAACCUGAGCUGCUGAUUUUCCACCAGUCCCCCGAGCCGGCCGUCGACAACGCGAAACUUGGUGCCAAGCGCUGCCAGGACGACGCCAGAGGUCUGUUGCUCGAAGAUCCCCCAUUUGUGAAGAAGUCCAUGGGCGACAACCUCCUGAGACUGAUGGGGCAAUUGGGAG